AUGUAUUUGGGAAGUAGUAAGGUGAGAAUUGGUCACUCUCUGAAUGAAGCAGAGAGGCAGCAUGUGAUCAGAAGAAGAAAGACUGUUCUACAAUGCCUACAGAAGCACAACAUACACUGCAGUUUGGAUGAGGUGCCUAACAUUGCAGUGCUGGGCUCUGGUGGUGGUUUGAGAGCUAUGGUUGCUCUGCUGGGAUCACUAAGUGAGCUGAAAGACCAGGAACUGCUGGACUGCAUCAUGUACCUGAGUGGAGUUUCAGGAUCUACCUGGUGCAUGACGUCAUUAUAUAAAGAAGCAGACUGGUCCACCAAACUGGACACUGUGAAAAAUAACAUUGUCCAAAGGCUUGCUAACGGCAAAGUCAACUGGCUUGACAAGUAUUACAAACUGAAGAAAUACUUGGAACAUGACAACUUCAGUCUGACUGAUGUGUGGGCAGUGCUGCUCGUGUCUUACUUGGUGAAAGAGAUAGAUGAAAACACUCUCACAAAGCAGAGGGGCAAGUGCACCAAUGACCCGUAUCCCAUUUACACUGUGAUUGACAAGCAGCGUAAACAGAGUAAUUCCUGUUUUUCAGAUGUCUGGUUUGAGAUCACUCCAGAUGAGUCAGGUUAUUCUCUCUCUGGAGCCUUUGUGGAUUCUUCCUGUUUGGGAAGUCAGUUUGAGAAUGGAAAGAAGAUUACAGACCAGCCUGAGAUGGACAUGCUGUACCUACAAGGCCUGUGUGGCAGUGCGAUUGCGGAUUUGGAAGAGGACCUCAAGAUAAUAUUUCAAGAGAUCAUACAUUUCUUUUUUCCGACAAACACACAGGAAAGGAAUGCAUCACAAGCAUUAGAUGUGCAGAAAGGUCGCCAGGUGCUCCCAACCCUUGUGGAACUGAACCUUUGUGUGUUAAGACAAGAGGAUCCCACAGUUAAACUCAAAGCCAUGGAUGACCUACUGAGAGAUACUGCUGAAUGCAUAACAAAACUUUUAACCUGGACCUGGGGAACAACAUACAACUUUCUCUACAAUAUGAAAGUGGAAGAAGUUGACCCCAGUGUUCUUCACUCAAAGACAAGAGAAUAUGAGGAUUCAGGAGUCUUACUCAACUCACCCUAUUUCUCAGUGCUGAGAAAAGAACGAGACAUUGACCUCAUCAUUUCUCUUGAUUUCAGUACAGGGGAUCCCUUUCAGACAGUGGAGGAUGCUGCUAAAAUGUGUGAAGAGCUACACAUUCCUUUCCCUAAAGUCACUAACAUUGAUGAUGCCACUCGGGAAGCACCACAGGACUUCUAUGUGUUUGAGGGUUCCGGUGAAGCUCCAACUGUGAUUCACAUUCCUCUUUUCAAUGUUGUUAACUGCAAUGGAGACAUUAAGGAGUGGGAGGAAAGAUACAGCUGGCGUAAACGAGAAUACAGUCUUGAUGAUAGCACAGGUCUUAUGGAGAAAGCUUAUUCAAACAUCACAAACAACAAGGGAAACCUGAUCAAAGAGAUUAAACACGUCAUCGAAAGGAAGAAAAGCUUGGAUAAACUUGAUUAA